AUUCAAGUUAGACUUCGACAAUCGACCGUACUUGCAUUGUUGUCUAUAUUUUAUCAUUUAUUAUUAUGUACCUAUUUACAGUUUUCUCGUGAAAUCUAACGAAUUGAACAUGCGCGUUGCAGUUGUAUAGGCAACAUGAAAGUUGUUCUCUCCAUAUUUGACUUUAAAGGAUUUUUCAUUCAAUAUUAAAUAAAAAUGAACCCUAUUGUGAAAGAUGCUUUUGCCCAAAUCAAGCCAGUAUGUGAUAUGGUGAUGGUAAAUCCAACACCGGAUAAUAUUUCAUCAUUUACAUCGUUAGCAUGUGAUCUAAAAAAAGAAAAUCUUCAAGAAUUACAACAGUACAUGCUGUUUCCCAUCAUAACUCACUUGCAAUCUAAGGAAAUUAAUGGGCGAUAUGAAUUGCAAAGACUAUUGGUGAAUGCCAUGAAGGAGAUAUUGCAGAGGAUUAGGGUUGCCAGCUUUGAGAUGUGUAUUCGAGUUGAGAUGAGCCUUGCUAAAAUGGCCUUUGAUAAGAAUAAGCCAGGAAUGAUUGCAGAUGUGCCGGAGGAACUCAAACUGUCAGUAAUGCAAUGCUUGGUCGCAUUGAUGUUGAAUCUGGAAACUCCACUACGACUCAAAAUGAUCCAGAGUCAUGCCCCACUCCUGGCACAGGCUGUAUUUGUUUCCGUACAUAUGGCUAAAAUGGAAAAAUUGAGACCACUCAAACUAACAGCCCUCGAGAGUCUCAUGGCGCACACGUGCACGCACGCAGACCUAACGGACAGCAACUGCAUGAUAACCGACCCAGUGCUGGAAGAGGCAGUGGUGCACAUGCUGUGCUGCAUCCUGCCGGGCGUGCUGGCCACUCUGCAGGAUGUCGCUAUGUGUCCAAACAACCCGGGACACGCAGUUAUCACGAUGGCGCUCAACGCGACCCACCGUAUCCUUUGCAUGACAAUGAACGACAAACACUUGAAAGACAAAGACACUGUCACCGUAGCCGACUUGGUUAAAGUGAUUGAGCAAAAAGAUAAACAGAAAUAUGUAAGCAAGGCCAAGUCAUGUGAUCUGCCGAAGCUCAGCGUAGAAUGGUUUCACAUGGCCGGCGAGAAACUGGAAGCGGUUAUACGUAGUUUGCUGCGCCUCGUGACGCAUGACCACUUCAAAGUGAGGAAAGAGCUUGCGGUGCUGUGCUAUAGGAUUGUUACGGAGUGCAAUAACACGAUGCAGCCGUCGAUAGCGAUGUGCCUGGAUAUCCUGAUCUCGCUGUCGAGCGACCCGUACCGCAGCGUGGCGGAGUACAGCGCGGCGGCGCGCGGCGCCUACUUCCGCAGCGCCGCGCCCGAGCGCGCGCUCAGCGCCAUGGACGGGCUCGCGCGCAACCUCGCCAUGGUGCUCGCCUCGCUGCCGCGCGUGCUCAGCAACGUGGACGCGGCGCGCAAGGUGUCGUCGCUGAGCCUGCUGCAGGGCUACGUGGCGGUGCUGUGCGAGGCGCGCGCGCGGCGGCUGGGCGCGGUGCUGGCGGCGCACGCGGGCCACGCGCGGCUGGCGCACGCGCUGAGCGCCGCCGCCGCGCUGCGCCCCGACCUGGCGCUGCUGCACCGACACGCCCUCAGAGACAUAACGGCGGAUCCUCCGCUCGACUCGCCGUGGUGCAAGUUCCGGUACCUCGACACUCCGGACCUGGAGAAGCGCUUCCGCGAGGUGUUGAUAUCGCUCGGCGAGGCGGACUGCGCUGAGCUGAUACUGGACACGCUGCUGGAGAUGUUCCGCGAGAGGAGGGCCGCCGAGCUGGUGUAUCUGAUGAACUGGAUUGCUGUUGGUCCGAACUCCACCCCGAACCUAGCUCGGCGGCUAAUCGACGUGUACAUAGAGGAGGAAGUGUGGGCGCUCCCGCUCGAGGUGCGCUCGAGCGAGCCGCCGCUCACGGACGAGGACACGCUAGAUGUGGACGUGUAUAACCCGAGGGCUUGGGUUAAGGAUAGUGUACCGGGUCUUUUCGAAGGCGCCAUAGAAGUCCGUUAUACGGACAUCAGCUAUCGAACACCGCGGGUCAAAGAAGCAAACCCAAACGCGUGUCGUACGUUACGUGAAGCGGAACACAACAUGGCGCUGUGCUGCUUGCUCACUGAGGGUGUGGGGAUGAUGGCCAGGAGGCUGCAGGGGGACUUCCAGCCGUACCUAUUGAAGACGCUAUGCUUAGUGCUGGAGAGGGUCGGCAGCAGGUACGAAGCACUGCACCAGGCGGGCGCGAAGGCGCUGCACGACAUCCGGGCGGCGGGCGCGCACGCCUCCGUGGGCGAGCUCAUCGCGCGCAACGCCGACUACUUCACGCACCAGCUCACGCGCCGCCUCAAGAGAGCGUGGAACACACAGUCCGCCCUGGAGAUUCUGUCAGUGGUGAUGGAGUACAGCGACGCCACGAUAUUAGAGUAUCUGUACGGGAUUGUGGAAGAUGUUCUAGUCCAAAGCUGUGAUAAGUAUUAUCAAAAGAACCUCUACUCAUAUUUACAAGUGUUUCACACAUUUGUCAAUUGUAUACACAAGUGGUUUCCAUCACAAAGCACAAACACUGAGGCGAACGCCAACGAAGAGAUAGACGUUCUGAAGGACGUGUAUGAAUAUAUAAAAAAUGAGAAAGAGUCGGAGAGGCUUCUGAAUGAGAGCCUGAAGGACGAUAAGAGCGUGGAGGAGAUGUACAAAGAAGAUCUCGAGAAAAAGGAAGAUGGCGUCCUGGAUUAUGAUGAUACGGUGACGCACGAAGCCCCGCCCCUCCCCCGACACGUGGAAGUCACGAAGACAAUAUUAAAACGCUGCAUCAACUUCAUCCCGGCCAAGAACCGGGACGACGCUAUACUAGCGAUACAAGUGAUCAACCUGGGUUUGCCCGUGCUAAAGGAUUAUGAGGACGAGUUACUGCCGCUGGUGCACUUGACUUGGGGCCCGUUGGUGACGAAGUUUGAAGACACGGAUUAUGCGGUUAUGCGCAGCGCUCUGGACUUGCUGGUGACCCUUGCUGAACUGUCUGAGGACUUCAUUAGGCAGCGAGCCGUUAAGGAGGUGCUGCCGCGCAUAUACGCGCAGCUGUCGCGGCUGGCGGGCGAGAGCCACCUGAAGGACAGCGGGUCGGCGUACCGCGCGUCGGGCGCCUUCCGCCUGCAGCAGCGCGCGCUGGCCGCGCUGGCGCCGCUCGCGCGCCGCCUGCGCCUCGCGCCCGACCAGCGCCACGACGCCAUGGACGCCGCGCGCCUCUACCUCUCCCGCAAGCAGCCCAAGCCCCUGCAGACGCUAGCCAUCCAGUUCUUCAAGGCGAUGGUGUGCGAGGACUACGGCAGCGUGUGGCUGCACCUGCGCCGCUUCUGCGCCAACAGCGCGAGCGCGCGCCCGCCCGCCGCGCGCCUGCUCAAGCUGGCGCCCGUGCUGGGCACGCCGCACGAGACCACCAAUAAGGACUAUGAUAAAAAUCUUAAGGCCAUAUUUGAUAUGAAAUAAACGAUCGGUGUCUA